GUUUCAUUAUUCUUAGGCCCAAGAAGCCCACCAAGUGCCGCAGCCCAAUUUCUGCUGUUUUAGUCUCUACCAUGUUUAGGGUUUCUUCUUCUUUUCCCACUUUUCAGUUUUCACCCUUCAAGAAGGCGCAGGCCAGCACUGGCCGCAGCUCCUGCUCCUCCAAGCCGGCCGUAGCUCCUCCACGUCCUGUACCCGCAGCCCACAGCUGCUACUCCAGUACCCGGCUUCCCGCAGCUCCUUCAUUGUGGUUUAAUUAAAAAAGCCCAUCCCAGCUCCUGCUCCUCACCUCGUCCAAACUUAAUAAAUAAAUUCUUUUUAUUAAGGGAUUUAGAAUGGGAUCAGCUUCAAAACGAUCGAGACCAGCUCAAAACAAAAGUGAUUCAGAAGAGGACAAUUACAUGGAGACUGGGAAACUAGCUCUUAGCGUGAAUAAGAAUUUUUAUGAGGACGAAGAUGAGGAGGAGGAGGAAGAGGACGAGGAAAAAGAAGAAAAUGAUAAUGAAGAUGAAGAGGAAGAGCAAGAUGAGGAAGGAGAUGACGUUGAGCAGAAUAAUGGGCCAAAAGAUGAUGAGAUGGAAGAACUUGAGAAAGAAUAUAUGGAUCUUCGUAACCAAGAGCAAGACAUCUUGAAUAAUUUGAAGCGCUAUAAGGAUGAAGAUCUUUUAAAAGGUCAGGCAGUGAAAAACCAGAAGGCUUUGUGGGACAAAACACUUGAGUUUAGAUUCUUGUUGCAGAAAGCAUUCUCAAGUUCAAAUAGACUACCGCAGGAGUCGCUUAGGUCUUCAUUUUGCAAUUUGGAUGAGGGAGUUAGUGCAGCAUACUCAGAGUUGGUUGCAUCAUCUGACAAAACUUUAGAUUCUCUAUUGGAAUUGCAAGAGGCUUUACUUGAGAAGAAUCCAUCCAUUACUGAAGCUACCAAUGGUAAUUCCAAACAAAAUUCCCAGGGUUCAGAAGCUUUUAGGAACGAAGGGAUGGAACUUGACAAAGAGUGGCUACGUAUAUCUCAAAUGCAUUCAAGAAUAGCUUCUUUUAGAGACAAAUCAGUGGAUAAAUGGCAGAGAAAGACACAGGUGACAACUGGUGCUGCUGCUAUUAAAGGCAAAUUACAUGCCUUCAAUCAGAAUAUUAGUGAACAAGUGGCUGCAUAUAUGAGGGAUCCAAGUAGAAUGAUAAAAAGCAUGCAGCAAAGGAGGUCAAUGGUUGGGGUAUUUGGAGCUGUUCCUGAUGUGGUCACCAAUUCUAAGGAAGAGGAGACAAGAGUGGAUGGUGAUCCUGAACUUCUUGAUGACGCUGAAUUUUAUCAGCAAUUGUUGAAGGAAUUUUUUGAGACAAUUGACCCAACAUCAUCGGAAACAGCAUUUUAUGCUUUGAAGAGACUGCAAACAAAGAAAAGAAAGAUCGUUGAUCGACGAGCCUCAAAGAGCCGUAAGAUUAGGUACCAUGUCCAUGAUAAGAUAGUCAAUUUCAUGGCACCCCAACCCAUGCAGCUUCCUCCUAUGGCCCCUCUGCUAUUUGAGAACUUGUUUGGAUUAAGAACUCAGAAACCUGCUUCUCUUAUUCAGUAGUCAGGCCAGAGCGAUGAAGUUCACUGCAUCAUGGGCUUCGAAAUUUUGUAGCGUCAGUUGAGAUCAUGUGAAUUUUUCGACCCUAAGAGCGAGGCCGAAAUAAUUUAUUGAAUUCCGUGUUUAUUGUUCAUAUGGCCUUUUGUUUAUUGACAUGGUUUCUGGCUCCUUCGUAGAGAAUUAAGAAAUGCCAAAAAAAAAAAAGGAAAAAUACAAGAAUUGUGGCCACAAUCAGCACUGCUAUUUUCAUUUUGUACAUAUGGUAAGAUGCAGGUUGUCAUUAGAAGUAUUUGUUGUGGUUCUUGAUUAGAGGUACAUCAAAAUUUUUUAAAAAAAAAUAUUGUUAAA